GUACGGUACGAGGUGUCAUAGUCUCUAUAUAUAACAACACAACGCACCAGGAUCACUUAGUAAAUAUUAAGUUAAUUUACACAUAUUUACACUCGCCUAUAUAACACUACAUCGUUCCAAGAACUUGAGUCCAACUGACCCACCAGUGGAAAAGUAAAGCGGCUAAGGCAGAAAUACCACACCAGUAUAGCCAAAGAAGAGCGAAAUGAGGUCGAUAAUGGAGGUUUUACAGCUCCUGGUCCUCUCCAGUUGGUACCCACAGUGAAGGACACCAUACCUGGAGCUACCUCAUCCAGUGGCAGCAACAUGUUUGCAGGUUUGCAGAUCAAAUUAGGAGAAGUUGAGAACACACCCACCUCUAGCAGUAUAGAUGUAUCCGACGUUACGAGUACUGCUUCUUUUCGUAAGCAGAAUAAAUGUGGCACCAAGAAAGAGCGGAGACGGCAGAAGCAUGAGGAAUUUAUGCAGCAAAUUGACUUCAUCCAAGGUGCAGCGAGGGCAGAGAGAGAGCGCAAGAAGCGCGAAAAAACUGCUGUGGUAGGGGACAUGCAUCCCUUACUUAAUGCUCUGCCAUCACUGAAAGAACUCAUGUCGGCUUCCAAAACAAAGACACAGCCUACAAAAGGAGUUAGUGGAAAAAAGAAAAUGGAGAUGCAAAAGGAUUUCAUGUCUGAUAUACAGAUGUUCAUGGCUGUGCAUCAAGACCCAAUCUUCAAAAGUGACCCAUUUGGGGCAGUGCGCAAGGCAGUGGAGAACCGGGUAUUGUAUGAUAAAGAAGACUCCUGAUGAUAUUUUUGAGAAAAUACAAAUUGAACCUUUUCUGGAAUUGAAUCUUUGCUAGAAUAAAUUGAAUCUCUACUGGAAUUGAACCACUACUGGAAUAAAUUGAACCUCCAUAGCUAGCUGCUUUUGGCACUGAGCUGAGUUCUCAGAAGCGUAUUAUUGACGUUCCGUAAAUUUUAAGAUUUUUCAAGUGAACUGUGUUUGUGUGAACUAUCAUGUGAAUUGUGUUUUCUAUGGCGAAUUAACAGUGUUCGUGGAUAUUUUUUUCAACAUAAAUACUGUACUAAUUUUAAAUGAGAAAUAAUUUUGUAUCGGCGUUACAUAAGAUUACAUUAAAAAUUUAUAAGUCUCUGCAUUUUAAUGCAGGAUUUAAAAGUUUAUUUAUAUAAAUCUUGAGGUGCUGUGAUCAUGGGAAAUAAAGUAUAUGUAUUGUUA